CGUCCGCCGCUGCUUCUUCUAAAGGCCAAAUAUCUCUCACCAUUCUCCUGUUAGAAAAAUCAAACGGAAAGGUAAGCCGAGAAAGGAGAGUGAUGGCUGGAAUUAUGAAUAUGGCGUCGCAGGCUGUUUUCGCAUCUCCGUCGGCGGCGAUAAUCCGACCAUCUUCCGCAUCGUCCUCUGCAGUUAAAGCUUCCAUUCCGCUCUCAUUGUUUUCUGCAUCGAAAGCUUCCUCCUCUCCAUUCGCGCCUUCUUUAUCAGCGAAUCUGGCGGCGUUUGAUAAGCCUCGGUUUACGAAAGCCAAGAGCAACUUCCCCAGAGUGACCGCCGCCCCACGUUGUGCUUUGACUCCAGAGCUUAAGACCACGCUGGAUACAGUGAUCACAUCACAUAAAGUCCUUCUCUUUAUGAAGGGAACCAAGGAUUUCCCUCAGUGUGGGUUUUCUAACACCGUGGUGCAGAUACUGAAUUCGUGCAAGGUUCCUUUCGAAACAAUCGACAUACUGGAGAAUGAAUUUCUACGUCAGGGGUUGAAGGAAUACUCCAGCUGGCCAACCUUUCCUCAGCUGUAUAUUGACGGAGAGUUCUUCGGUGGCUGUGAUAUAACUGUUAUGCAUACAAGAGCGGAGAACUGCAGGAAUUGUUAGAAAGGGCUACGUGCGCAUGAGUGUUUUGGUGCUCGAUGAUUUUAAGAUUCUUAGUAAUCCUUCCAUAUUGUCAAGUGGCAGUGGGCUCGGAUGUAAUAAUGACAAUCAACGCAGCUGUUCUUUUUAGCUGUAUAGGGAAACCUCAGUGCACAUUGCUUAUGGAACACAGUCAAGUUCUGUUAUAUGUUUCUUUGCCUUUGCAGUUUCUAGCUAGCACUCAGUUGGAUCCUACUUCAUCAUCAAAGUGAAUAUGAUUUUAUUAUGACAAUACCACUAUGGUGAACCUCUUACACGUUAUUACCGAUCUUAAAGCUCUCUUUUGAAUUCUUACCUACUAAUACUAUGGC